AUGGACGACUUCAAGGAUGAAUUGUUGAACGUUCCUGUUGCUUUCGAUCAGAAAUCUCUCGGUAAACGCUCACAAGAGCUUGGACUAAUCUACCAUUUAUCAAAACAGUACGCGUUAACGGCACACGAUGUUGCGAGUGAGGUUCAAACAGAAUCAGAACUUAGACAGUACUUCACUCUUAUUAAUCAAGCUAUACGAUGUUUGAGAUAUCUGAAGGAUGGUGGGUUCCAGCUGUCUUUGGAACAGGAUUUUCAAAUAACGUGCGAUUUGGCGUGGCUGUUAAUCGAAGAAACUCAUCGCUUGGAUUUGGCGGAGCAGUAUCUAUCUUCUUUACGUGAGAAAUUGCAAAACACUACCUGGAUCAAUGAAAAAAUGUAUACGGAUUACUUACUUCUUUGUAAGAUUCCGCUCAUGAAGAAUGAUGGGGCACAGAGUAAAGUGAUUGUGAAAAACUUGGGGAAAUUGAUAUCCAGUCUUGAUUCCUCUUUAUGGAAGGUACUAUUUGAAUAUUUUAGGUUACAGCUUAUCCCCAUAAAAGAACGCAAAGUUUCUGAUUACCGCAACAUCAUUUAUGUGGUUAAGCCCCAUAAGCAAUUCCAUUUUGUUGUGAUGUGUUCCUUCAUCAACUAUUGCUUAGAUUCCUGCUCACAUAUUCCAGAUGACUUAUGGUCCGAUUUCGAAAAACUUGAAUCAGACAUCCCAAAACUGCAAAUAUGGAAGUUUUUGCUGGAACUCCUUGUGUUAAUAGUUCAGGAUAUCAAUAUAACAGAUAAAUUAUCGGAAAUGAAGUUAUUUUUUGACGCGAAUAAGGAAAAAUUAGACAAUCCAUUGGAACCAAUUGUGUUGUUCGAAUCUAUUUCUUUAAAGCUUGAUUUACCAGUGUUUGGUUAUUCUGAUGUCAAAAAUCUUUUGUUAUUUUUUCAAAGUGUCAGCUACCUUCCUAAUUGUUACGAUAAGAGAUCUAACUUUUCAAUCAAAUUUCUUCCGAAAACGGCAGCUAACACGGAGAAAUUGAUUCAGUCACUGCAAGAAAAAUGCUCUUUAACAAAACUGAAUACUAUUCACAAAUUUUAUCACACGCUGCUUGAGCUGGUAAAAUUCUAUCAAGCUUGUGAAUCUAUUAUUUUGAAGGGUACUGUUUCGGAUAUAUCAAUAGGUGCCCCAUACUGUCAUCUUCUUUCUGCAUGGGAAUGCCAUUUAAGGGGAGACACUGAAAGUGCCUCUAAUAUAUACCUAAAAAUACUAGAAGAGCCAUCUCAAAACCCUGAAAUGAUACUUAUUUCAAUAAUACACCUAUAUGCGCUCACUUUAGCUCAAAUUUCUGAAUGCGAAAAAGGCAGCCCGGAUCUAGCAAGUUUGACUGAAAAGGCAGACAUUUUAUUAAAUCAAUUAAACUCAGUACUGGAGUCUUCAAUAUUUAACCGUAGCACUGUUUGGAAGUGCACAAAACUAUUGCUUACUAUUAUGGGGAAAUUUGAACCUUUCACUCAAAACCCUCAAGCUUCUACUAAUACUUCAGUGUUGCUAAAUGAACUUCAACAAUAUUUUGAAGGAAAUAGCUUAUUAGGACCUAACGACAGCACAGAAGGAAAUGGUACCGGAACCAAUACCGAAGCUGUUACGGAUACUAUGACUGGUAAGGAAAUCCAUGUUUCUAACACACCAGUCAAGAUUAAAAAGUCUUUACUUUUGCAUAUUUGGCUAAACUACAUUUCAGGAUCAAUGUUAGUCAAUGAAUUAGAUAAAAAAUGCAUACUGUCCAGCACAUGUUUCAAACUAGCUAAGCAACAAUACCUUCCAUAUUUACGUUACCUUGUAGGUAUAUGGAAUUUGAUGAACAAUACCAUUGCAAUGAACAGUAAAGAAGUCGCUUUGACUCGAGCUAGAUUGAAUCAGAUUGUUAGGUCAAUAUGUGAAACUGCAACUGUUGAACAGCAACAGGAAACAGAAGAACAAAUUUAA